AUGGACGGGGAGGAUCCUCUGAAGUUGAUUUUGGUGUUAAGCAACUCACUCGCCCUGACAUCGGUUACAUUCGACAAAAACUUGAAACGCUACCGAGCCGUUCGGCAUAAGGCAAACGAGACGGCGCUCUGUACGAGACAUUUUGAUGACUACUCGAUGCAGAAUAAGAAAGUGGCGAAACAAAUAAAUAAAUUCUUAUUGAAGAAUUUGCACCAAAAGAAGAAAUUUUCCGCAUACGGAUUCUUUGACAUCGACAACAGCGUUAUUUAUACGGUAUUCAGCUCGAUCAUCACCUAUCUUGUGAUACUGAUACAGUUCAAACAGCUCGAGAACGAUUUGACCCACAGUGACAGGAACGGUACGAGUACGGGCAGCGUUUAA